UUAAAAAACAAGGGAUUCAUCAGUUUAACUUAAAUGAAGUCCAAAACAGUAAUCCAAAGUUUCUAAGGGAAAGAGCACAACGUUCCAAAAAAAAUAUGCAAUCUGAAAAAUUCUUAAAUUCAAACAACUUGCUAAUGUGCUUAAAAUGCAAAGGUUUCUUUGCAAAGAGUUAUAAAACCAGACAUCAGAUAAAAUGCGGUGAAGAUUCUUGUCAAACCUUAAUACCAUCUAUUGCAAUUGGGGAAAUAGAUAAAUAUAAUUCUUUAGACAAUGAUUUCAAGUUAAAUAUUUUAAAUGUCAUAAAUAACGAUGAAAUUGGCACGCUAGCUAAAAGUGAUAGCAUUAUUUUGAUGAUAGGAUCUCGCUUGUAUGGUAAAAUUAAAAGAAGGUUUGAUAAAAAGUUGGAGGUUGAGAAAUCGGUUAGGUGCUCAAUGCGCCGGCUUGCCAACAUUUAUAAUAGAUUUACAAUUGAAAAAACAGGUAAUUCUGGUGAUAUGUUUUUGAGAGGAAAUAUUGACUAUUUAAAAAAAGCCAUUGAAAAUUAUACCGAUAAAGGUGAAGAUAAGAUAAAAUCUGGUUUAAAAAGUGGCAUCUAUUAUUUACUUAAGGACUCAGCUGAGAAAUGUAUGGGAUAUUACUUAAAGACAAAUCGUGAUGAUUUGUCUAAAGAAGUUUCAAAUUUUUUGUACAUAUUUGGGCUUAUGAAAGAUGAAAUUUUUUCAGACGCUGUUUAUGAUUUAAAUAAACGUAGAAACGAAAAACAUAAAAAACCUGCACAGCUUCCAAUAGAAGAAGAUAUUCAAACUAUAAGAAAUCAUAUUGUUACUACUAUGGAAAAACUGACUAGCGAAUAUGAAAUAAUAGAUAGACCUUCCUUUAUUCAAUUAAGAGACUGUGCUUGUGCUCGAUUAACUAUUUUUAAUGGCAGGCGAGGUGGUGAACCUGCAAGACUAACAAUUAAAGAAUGGGAAAAUGCUUUGAAUAAUGUAUGGCUAGACAAACAAAGAAUAAAAAAUACACUAUCUGAAAGUCAAUUAGAAGAUGGGAUGAAAAUUACUUAUCAGUCUGGGAAAGGGGUUAAUCAUUCAGUCCCUGUUUUAAUUCCAACUGAUACUAUUGAAGCAAUGAAGUUGUUAGGUUCUGCUGAUAUUAGAACUCAGACUGGAGUUUCAGCAAAUAACAUUUACAUUUUCCCAAGUACACAAUCUUCACUUUAUCACUGCUCUGGAUGGCAUAGUCUAAAAAAUAUAAUCAAGCAACUUAACUUGAUAGAUGAAUCAAAAGUUACUGGUACAAAUAAUCGCCAUCGACUCUCUACACUAGUGGCUGGUUUAGGAGUUUCAGAUGCCCAAAUGAGUUUGGAAUAUGAUUACUUUGGGCACAGUGAAACAAUUAACAAGACAAUAUAUCAAGCUCCGGCAGCUCAUCGACAGCUUCUCUCAACAGGAAAACAUCUUGAAGCUAUUGAUCUAAAUUCCUUAAAGCAAGAUUUAAAAAAAACAAUAAAUAUUGAUAAAAAAGAACAGAAAAAUCGACUUGUAGAAAAACAAGAGAAGCCAAUAAAACUAGCUAAAGUUUUUUUAACUAGAUCUAAGGCAAAACUUGAGGCUAGUGUUGGAAGUAGCACUCCAAUCAGUUUGAAUAAACAAGUUCCAGAAAUUGCAAAUGAAAGUCUUGAAAAUCAUUCUUCUACUGAAUAUGAAAGCAAUUCAAGCGAAUCGGAGUUUGAAUUUAAAACUAAUGUUAACCAAAUUAAUAAAACUAAAAAAAGUUUUGUCUCAGGUCGUAAAUAUAACCAAUGGGAUAACGAAAAUGAGAGUGCGUUUUUUCAAAGGUUUAUGCAGUAUGUUAGUUCAAAUAUAGGAUAUCCAAGUCGACAAGAAAUGACUGAAUUUGGAAUAAAAUACGGGUUUGGCUACGGUACAGUUAGAAAUAAAAUCACUAACGAAAGAGCAAAAAAGAUGCGAAUCGUCUCCCAAAGAAUAAACGAUAUUCAAAUGUAAUUGAAUAGAAUCUAAAACAAAAAUCAGACUUAAAAACAUUUUUAAAUAUAAAAAAGAUAAUUCUUAAGCCACGGUGAUACUUGUGUUACAAAAA